UCCAAUAUGGCAGACAGACGCAAAUCUGCAUCCCGCCCUCAUCUGCCCCACAACCUCACCAAUCAAAAGCUGCUAAACCGCAGUCUUCCGGGUCGUUGAGUUAAAGCGCACCGGCUCGCAGUGCGCGCUGGUCAGCCGUGGAGAGAUGGUGCUCGGAGCGCCGGUGUUUCGGGAACCUCUGAGGAGCGGAUGAGAUGCCGGGGAACAUGAGCAAAGACGAUGCCUCGAGUCGGAGCGCAUGUUUGACGUUCACCAUAGACAACAUCCUUAACCUCAAGCAGCAGGACGGCGGAGCUUUGGGAAGUUUAAAGGAGAAGAGGGCCAGUGAAUGUAAAAAUGAUUUCCAAGCGCCGUAUGAGGAGGUGUGGGACGUCCGGAGGAGGCUGGACGGAGGGUCACAGUCUGCAGUGAAGCCCAGAGCCCAUGGAGACACACCGACGGUGCCCGCUGGCUCCUGUCCCGACGCGCCGAGUGCGCACAACGCCGAGGACGCGCCCCAGCAGCAGCAGCAGCAGCAGAGCGCCGCGGUCAAGAAGAAGACCCGCACCAUCUUCUCCAAGAGACAGAUAUUUCAGCUGGAGGCGACUUUUGACAUGAAGAGGUACCUGAGCAGCUCGGAGAGGGCUUGCCUCGCCAGCUCCCUGCAGCUCACGGAGACCCAGGUGAAGAUCUGGUUCCAGAACCGCCGCAACAAGCUGAAGCGGCAGCUAUCCACGGACACGGAGGGGCCGCUGGCCGCCGAGCACUUCUCAGAGGCUGGAAAAAACGUGCAAUUAUCGACUUUUUACAAAGACUGCAGCUUGCUGGGCGGAUGUUUGUUGCCCAUGCCCUUCCCCGUCCUGUACCCGAAUGCAAACGCUGCGCCUUAUAUCUACUUCUCUAAUAGCGCCAAAUACUUUGGCCUGUUUGAUGGAGACUGACAGAGGACAGUCCGACAGACAGGGCAACACAAAAUAUGACGGACACGGAUUUUUCAACAUUUUUUUUUUUUUUUUUUUUUUAGUUUUGAAAAAAUGUUUCCAACUUGUAAACAUAUCAACUAAUCCAAGGCAUGCAUGUGUUCCUUUCUGUGCCUCCCCAAAUGAUUUUACAUUAUUAUUAUUAUUAUUAUUAUUAUUAUUAUUAUUAUUAUUAUUAUUAUUAGAUAUUUAUUAUUUCAUUUUUACUGCUUAGAGAACUUCUAACAUGUUUUUUUUUCAUAAAAAUGUGCAUGAAUUUUAAAUUCUCUGAGCAGUUUGCGCAGUACUGUCAUCUGAAUGAAUGUACGCUAAUGCUGCAAUAAUUUGUCUUUUUUUGUGUCCGUUUUCUGUUUUUUCCCCGUGGAGCAACAUGUCAUUUGUAUUUAUAUGGCCUUAUUAUUGUUGUCAAAAACUUUGACCGUUCGUUUUCACUCGACCUUUCAUAAGACUGUUAAACUGUGAGUGCAGUUACAUAAUGACGAUGAUGAAAUUUGCAAUAAAAUGUGUAAUAUUUGC